AUGUUUAUAAUUGCUGUUAUUUGUGAAAGGAAAAGCAAUCCUGAGUUACGUUUAAUGAUAGCUGAUGCAAUAGGAUCAGACAGAACAGCAGUCAUUACUGGAGUGAAAGGUGGUGUAAUAAGACUGCUUGUGCUGCAUUUAAAAAGGCCGUUGCAGUGGCUCAUAUGUCAAUUGCACGCCAAUGAGCUACCUUUACGCUAUCUGUUACGGCAUCUUGAUGGAAGUACUACAGACCCUCCACUCACCAAACAUAUACCCAAUGCGGAACUUGAGAAAGUAGCUGAAACGGGUGAUGUUAUUGAAAAAUGUGGAAAAUCAACUCAAGGACGAAUUAUUGGUGGAGAGCUAGCAAACAUAAAUGAUUAUCCUUGGCUGCUAGCCAUGCAUGUUGGAGAUGCAGAAAAAGGGUUCCGUUUUAGUUGUGGAGCAUCCCUUAUUCAUCCCAAAUGGGUUGUAACUGCAGGUCACUGUGUCCAAAACGUUCCAAAAAAUGGAUACGCAAAAGACGGACAAUGCUACACUGAGUCACACGAAGUUGCUCCCUGUUUUUAUUUGGGAGACCAAAUAAAAUUAGCUCUCUCAAGAACUCAAGGCGAAAUUCUUGAAAUUCCCGUCGCCAAAGUCAUUCCAAACCCUCAGUUUGAGCCAAAUGCCAGCCCAUAUCACCAUGAUAUAGCUCUUUUACAGUUAAGAAAAACACUAUCAUGCAACAAAUUCGUCAGCCCUGUGUGUGUUAGUGAAGGUCAAUACAUGGAUUAUCCAAACAGACCCGUUUUCUUGGCUGGAUGGGGAAAAACUGAUAAUAGUCAAAAUGGUAAAACUCCUGUAUUAAAACAAACGCCACUAGUAGUUAAGCUACAUGAAGAAUGCUAUGAAAACACAAAACUUGAGAGCGUCUUGUGUGCAACUGGAUAUCCAUUUGGCAGUACCCCCAUGCCAGAAUGUGGUAAACCAAUUAGUACGGAAAGUCUAGUUAUUGGUGGAAGUGUAGCAAAUGUAACUGAUUACCCUUGGUUGUUAGGUUUACUUGUUCAAGAUAUAGGAGUUGAACGAGGACUGUUUAAGUGUGGUGCAUCCUUGAUCCAUCCACAAUGGGCAAUAACUGCAGCACAUUGCAUAAAGAACUUCCCAGAUAAAGGAAUUUUCAAUAAAGGUAAAUGUUAUGACAAAAAUUUCAAAGCAGUGCCAUGCUUUUAUAGAGCAAACGAAACAUCACUAGCUUUCUCGAGGAGUCAAGGCGAGUCUCCUGAGAUAGGUGUCUCUAGAGUCAUCCCAUACCCCAAAUAUAAUCCAAAACGGUCCAGCUACGAUUUGGCUCUUCUACGGCUGAAAAAACCAGUCAAGUGCACCAAAGCUGUCAAUCUUGUGUGUGUCACUGAAGGCGAACGUAUGGACUAUCCCAAGAAUUUUGCUAUUACGGCUGGAUGGGGAAGAACCGAUCCCAAUAUCCUGAUACAUUUAUGCUCCAAAUUCACAGGGGAGCAUCUUUAUAGUUGCUCCUCUCUUUAUGAUAUUCAUAAUUGUGAUGACUUCCGGGCCCUAACUCCCUUUGUAGCCACUUCAUUGUUAUACUGGACAGCAAGACGCCUUAUGUUUGAAAGAACGAUGGUGGGCGGUGAUUCUGGAGGACCUCUGAUGUACAGCGAUGGAAGACUUUGUUACAUAACUGGAUUACUUUCGCGUGGAGAUCUACAAUGUGGAAUCACUAGUAAAGCAUUUUUUACUAAGAUUUCUGAUUUCCUAAGCUGGAUUCACAGAUACGUACCGUUAAAUGAAGUUCGUAAAGCGACCCAAAGAAAGCUUAGAAUACGCAAGAAGAAUAGAAAUGAAUGA